UCAGAUUGCAGGCUUUUUACCCUGAUUCAGGGUAAAAUCAGGGCUUUUUUGGGGGGUGACCCUGAUGAGACAGGAUUUUUUUAAGACAGAGGCCUGAAAUUUCAGAGUUUUUUUAAGAGUGAACUCUGAUCGAUCAGCGUGCAUAGUGUAGUGUGGCCUGUUUUUCCAGCGUCGUAUCGAAGCCCGACCCUGAUUCUUGUAAUAGCGGAUUCCCAUUCUUCCCCUGAGCACAGUGGAAUGUGAACGAGGGUUCUCCCGCCAGAAUGUGAUCAAGAGCUGGCUGCGGGGCAGCAUGAAGGACUCACGCCUUGGAGACUUGAUGUGUAUGAGCCUGCUAGACUACGACCCAGACUGGGAUGCCAUCAUUGACAUCUGGAGAGCCUACAAGAAGCGGAAGCCCUACAGCACUGCCCCACAGAGCAGAGCCCAGAAGAGUAGGAAGGGGAAAGAGAAGGAGGACGAUUCCCCUGUAGUCCACGACAGCGUGCAGGCAGAGGAGGAUGCUUAAGUAGGUCCUAGUAUGCCCAUGUUAAAU